AUGCAACCUAAUACUCUCCUGACUAUCGCCGCUCUUGGUGCCGUCACAUCGGCUUUCGAUCUCCCAGAUAACUUGAGACAAAUAUAUGAUAACCAUCGGUCCGGUAACUGUCAAAAUGCUCUAUCCGAUGCCUUCGAAGGCGGCGCGGUCUACUGUGGCGAUAUCCCAAAUGCUAUCUUCCUGAAGGGAUCCGGCGGCAACUACGAUAACAUGGACAUUGACUGCGAUGGCGCCAAUAACUCUGCUGGUGCUUGCUCAAAUGACCCCAGCGGCCAAGGUGAGACAGCAUUCAAGGAUACUGUCCAGAGCUUUGGCAUUGAUGACUUGGACGCCAACAUUCACCCAUAUGUUGUGUUCGGAAAUGAGGGCGGCAAUCCUUCAUUUUCGCCCGAACAGUUUGGAAUGCAACCUUUGAGUAUCAUGGCUGUCGUCUGUAACGACCAAGUCUUUUACGGCAUUUGGGGCGACACCAACGGCUUCACCUCCACUGGUGAAUCAGCCAUUUCCAUGGGCAACCUCUGCUUCCCCAACGAUGGCCUUACUGGUGAUAACGGUCACGAUCCCAAGGACGUUUUGUACAUUGGUUUCAUGGGCCAGCAGGCAGUUCCAGGUGCAAACGGCGCCAACUGGAGCGCUGAAAAUACAGCGGACUUUGAGAACAGCAUCAAGAGCCUUGGAGAUAGCCUUGUCGCGGGUCUUCAGGCGUAG